UGAUCUAUAUUUGGUUCCAUCAGAUUUGCCCUGUGACGUCUGUCUCGCCUGUUGUUUCUGGUUUCAACGCUGAAGUCAUCUGUUAACACCUCUCACUAGCAGUAACCAGCACUAUCAUCACAUUUAAACCAUUUGAAAGUAAACCUAUCAGCUUAUUCUUUAUGUUAUUAUUAUUAUGACAACUAACUUUUUCAAAAAUGUAGUAACAAGAAUCUAACAAGUCUUACCUUACGGUUCCCAGUCAAGUCGUGCCAAACAGCCAUAAAGUGAGAGCGUCACUCACACGCAGACAUGCGCUGCAGACUGUGGCUUGCCCUGUCGGCGUGGCUCCUGCUGCCGGCCUCCGACGCUGGAAGGCACAUGCCUAAACUGUCCGACAAGAAGCUCUGCGCCGAUGCCGAAUGCAGCCAUCCCAUCCUCAUAGCGCGUGCGCUGCAGGACUACUACCCUGGAGACUGCAGAUUCAUCCCCAUCAGACAGGGGCAGCUUGUCUAUGUUUAUGCAAUGCUGAAAGACAGAGGGAAUCUCUUCUGGGCGGGCAGUGUACAAGACUCCUAUUAUGGGCAGCAAGAGGCUCGCAUUGGCCACUUUCCCAGCAGCGUCGUGGAGGAGACACAUCCUCUCAUGCCAGCCUCUACUGAGGUCCACACUACUGAAUGGGACUUCUACUGUUUCUGAUGUUGCUACAGUCAACUAAGAGAGCAACCUUCACGCUACAUUAUGACUUAUUAUAAGACUGUUGACAAAAGAUCUACAGGUCUCUGUGUGUGUGCACUAUUAGGAAUAUAUCACAUUAUGUUAGACUCAUAUUUUACUGACCUAUAAUAGCUGUAAUACCUUGUUAAAUCUGUUUGUAGAUAUUAAUGUUUAUUAAAUAAUAUGCUAAUAAAGAAAUGUACGCUUCAAUAUUUCUUCCACACCACACUGAAUGUAUUCCUGCAGACAUACAGUAUGUGUUUAAACAAAUCAUACAAGGAAAUUAAUAAUUGAUUGAAUAAAAUAAAAAGAUUUUUUUCUUUUUUAGCUUGAAUUCUCUUUAUGAAUAUC